UCGAUUGAACGAAAGAUAAGAUUAAAGUUAAUGUUUAAAAUGGUGGUAUCCUUGUUAUAAAAAUUAUUUAAAUAUCUACCUCGUUCGCAAUAAAGAUUACACAAUAUUCACGCAAUUAAAGAUUAUUUAUAUUAAAAAUUCGUGAAUCAUUUAAAAAGUGUUACAUAAAUGAUAUUUCAUAAAUUUAAAAUCUUUAAUAUCAAUGAGAUUAUAUAAUUUAUCAAAUAUUAUUUUAUAAAUACAUAGUAGUAAAUAAAAUAUAAAUUUAUACUUCGCAAUGUGCAUUCAGCAAAAAAAAAUAUUCAAUAUUAAUUAUCGUAAAAGAAUGAUAAGAAGUCAUCUGUAUAAAAGUCAAAGUUAGUUAUAAGAAUUACCAAUAAUAUAACCUCAAUAUUUCUAUCAAAUGAUUUGUAUUUUAAUUUUCUAUAUUAAAAGUUAAUAUUUAUAUUUAUACAUAUAUAUAUGUUCAUUUAAAGAUUAUCAAAUAUAAAUAUGUGGAUGUUAGAAUUAUUAGAUAUUGAUUUAAUAAAAGAAUACUUCAGUAAUCAAAUUAACGAAUUAGUUUGCUGGUGGUAUUAUUAUAUCAAAGAAAUAUCUUGGCAAUUGUUAAUAGCACUUCUCGCAUACAUUUGCGUUUGUAUAUUUUUCUAUGUAAUCUUAAAAAAAGUUAAUCAUACUGCGUGGCAACUACCUGGUCCUCCCAGUAGAAUAUUAUUAGUUACUGCUCAUCCAGAUGACGAAGUUAUGUUUUUUGGACCUAUGAUAUAUUGGGUCACUCGGUCAAAGAUCAGCAAUAUAUAUCUACUGUGCUUUUCCUCUGGUGGAGAUAAACAGAGAAAAAAAGAAUUAUGGAAUUGUACAAAAUUACUCGGUAUACCAGAAGCAAAUGUAACAAUUAUAAUGAGCAGCGAAUUACCAGACAGUCAAUCUGUAAAAUGGCCAGUUGAUGUUUUAGCUGAAAAUAUAUUACAUUAUAUAGAGAGCUAUAAGAUUAAUGCUGUUAUUACUUUUGAUAAAUAUGGUGUAAGCAAGCAUAAAAAUCAUAUUUCUCUCUAUUUUGCAAUUGCUGCAUUAUGUAUUGAAAAAAAAGUGCCAUCUUAUUGCAAGUUAUAUGUGUUGGAAUCUGUGAACAUUACUAGAAAAUAUGUACAACUCUUAGAUUUACCAAUCAGUUUACUUUCUGCGUCAUAUUGGUAUUUACUUACGUAUGAACAAAGAAAAAAUAUAAGAAAUGCCAUGAAAGCACACAAGUCUCAAUAUGUUUGGUUUAGAAAGCUGUAUAUGAUAUUUUCACGAUAUACAUUUAUUAACACACUGCAAGAAAUCAGUGCGCUCGAUCUUGAAUUGGAUUUUCAAUUUGAUGAUGAAUACACACAAUCUAAUUAAAUCUGUACAAAAUAAAAGUGAUGAUAAUUGUAAAUAAAAAAAAAAUAAAUUUGUUUAUAUCGA